GGAUAAGGUUCCCUGUCCAAUUUGUGGGUUUUUGAUAACCGUCUGGCAUUCUGUAAACGAAGCAGGGAAAAUCUGCUAAGUGGAUCAUGCAUGAAGUCAAAACCGAGAUGGUCUAAUUUUGAGGAGAAAAGAUCCCUUUCUUUCAGUAAAGUGUUGCGUGAACAGUGAAUCGGUAUCUUCUAAAGAAAAUGGACCCUAUGAUCGGGACUGUGUUGAGUUCCAUCUGCGACACGACACAGUUGAGGCACGGUCGAUUGCUCACUGUGCGAUCGAGAGUCUAGAAGGCUAGAGAUUAUUUGCAUGAGUUCGGGAGUACUUUUGUGUUUGCGCGUAUACGCAACAUAAUAUAUCUGGAGACGAUGGGAAAGAGGAAUUGUAGGGUAUAGGGCUUAUUGAAUAUUUCUUCAGCCAGUAAUGUUUUUGCAAUAUUGCUGCUUCUAAAGCCACCUUCGUUCUUUCUGAGGGGGACGGUGUACCCUGGGUCUGCCAUUUUACGUCACAUCGAUUUCGAUGCUGCAUUCCCGGGGUUCUCGUCAAUGUGUCGACGGAGAAGCAGGAGGAGAGGGUAUGGCAGGAGUGUCCGCGAAGAGUGAUGGGCCGAUGUCAAAGACACGACAGGAGUUGCUGCAGCAGCAGGCGAUGGUGGGUGUUACAUGAUUGUUGGCAGAUUAGGGCAAUCAAGAACGAACUGGGCGAGAACGACGAUGACGAAGACGAUGUGGUGUCUUUGGAGAAAAAGAUGCAAGAGGCAGCCAUGCCCCCCAAUGUUUGGAAGCACGCUCAACGAGAGCUCAGACGGUUGCGGAAGAUGCAGCCCCAGCAGCCCGGCUAUGGAACUUCUCGCACAUAUUUGGAGCUACUGGCUGAAUUGCCGUGGAAAAUCGCUAGCGAGGAGCAUGAAGUUGAUUUGGCGGCCGCCAAAGUACGCUUGGACAGCGAGCACUACGGCUUGAGCAAAGUGAAGAAACGUAUCAUUGAAUAUCUUGCUGUUCGGAAGCUGAAGCCAGAUGCCAGAGGGCCAGUACUUUGUUUCGUCGGACCUCCAGGGGUUGGCAAGACCUCUCUGGCGUCAUCCAUUGCUGGAGCUUUAGGCCGGCGUUUCAUUCGCAUCUCCUUGGGCGGUGUGAAAGACGAGGCUGACAUUCGUGGCCAUCGCCGCACCUACAUUGGAAGCAUGCCUGGCCGACUUAUUGACGGUAUCAAAAGGGUGGGAGUCAACAAUCCUGUAAUGCUGCUCGAUGAAAUCGAUAAGACGGGCACGGAUGUGCGAGGCGACCUCGCCUCUGCGCUACUGGAGGUCCUAGAUCCCGAACAGAACAAGACCUUCAAUGACCACUACUUGAAUGUCCCCUUCGAUGUGUCGAAAGUCGUCUUCUUAGCAACGGCGAAUAGGAUGCAGUCAAUGCCAGCUCCACUAUUAGAUCGUAUGGAAAUUAUCGAGCUACCCGGAUACACUUGUGAAGAAAAGCUUCGAAUCGCAGUGCUUCAUCUCAUACCUCGUGUGCUUGAACAACAUGGUAUCACAAACGAGCACAUUUCCAUACCAGAGGCAACAGUGGAGCUCAUCAUCCAAAGAUACACCAGAGAGGCAGGAGUUCGAAACUUAGGACGACAUUUGGCAGCAUUGGCCCGCGCGGCAGCUGUGAAAGUGGCGGAGAAAGAGCAGUCUGUCCGACUCUCGCGGGAGAUGCAAACAGAAAUGAUAUAUCACGGAGCACAGGGCCUCGGCGCCGCUGCUGCCGAAGCAGACAUGGAAGAGGAGGCUAUGGGUAUCCGCGAAAAAGAGAUUAUUCCUUUGGCAACUAAACCAGACCCUCUGCUUGUUGACGAAGUGGUGUUGGAUACUGUCCUUGGGCCACCAAAAUUUGAUGGCAGAGAAGCAGCAGAGAGAGUUGCCACGCCUGGCGUUGCUGUAGGACUGGUGUGGACUGAAGUGGGUGGCGAGGUUCUCUUCGUAGAAUCCACUGCAAUGUUAGGGAAGGGAGACUUGCACCUCACUGGCCAGCUGGGAGAUAUUAUCAAAGAAUCAGCUCAUAUUGCACUCACUUGGGUUCGCGCGAGAUCUGCAGAGCUGAAACUACCAGUGGCAGAGGCAGGAAGCCUGAUGAAGGAGCGCGACAUCCACAUCCACUUCCCGGCUGGUGCGGUGCCCAAAGACGGCCCAUCAGCAGGGGUGACACUCGUCACUGCUUUGGUCUCCUUGUUCGCCAAGCGCAACGUGAGAGCAGACACUGCCAUGACUGGGGAGAUGACCCUCAGGGGGCUCGUGCUUCCAGUUGGGGGCAUUAAGGAUAAGAUCCUCGCUGCUCAUCGGUGUGGAAUCAGACGCGUCAUUCUACCGGAGCGCAACCGCAAGGAUCUACAAGAGGUUCCUGCCGCCAUUCUCAAGAACAUGGAGAUAAUACUUGCGAAGCGGAUGGAGGAUGUGCUCCACCAGGCAUUUGAGGGAGGCUGCCCUUGGAAGCCUGCGUCACGUUUGUAGAAUCCAUCAACAACGGAACUCUUUGUAACAUUCCUACGCCAUCUAGAUCUCUAUCCCGUGUGCACCUCAACUCUCUUGUUACUAAUAUCUGAUUGCGUUGUAGCGCUAGUUCAUUUGCCAAGGUAUGAAGUGGGGAUUCUAACUGGUACACAGGCUCUUUUACUUUAGCCAGCUUUGAGAGGAUUAGGUGGUUGGUCGACGUCGAUGCCGAGGUAUCUGUGCUUGCAAUCGUUGAGGAAACUAUUAGCAGGAUCGUUUGGAUAGAUCACGUAGCCAAAAGUUUUAUGCAUCUAUUUUGGCAAGGAGGAACUGUAUCAUUGUAUUAUAUUAUAUUGAAGUCUAGAUGGCUCCACAAAGUUAUGGGGGAAUUUCUAUACUAA